AUGUCAUUGAAGAUGUCUGGCAAACUAGCAUUAUUGAGUGUGUCUGACAAGACAAAUUUAUUGUCUCUGUCAAAAAAAUUACACGAACUAGGAAUGACCUUGGUAGCAUCCGGAGGAACCGCUAAAUCGUUAAGAGAUGCUGGAUUACCGGUAAAAGAUGUUUCUGACAUUACAGGCGCACCUGAGAUGCUUGGUGGUCGAGUAAAAACAUUACAUCCAGCUGUUCAUGCCGGAAUCUUAGCGCGUAUGACAGAGUCAGAUCAAUUAGACAUGAAGAAGCAAAAUUACUCAAACAUAAGUUUGGUGGUCUGUAAUUUGUACCCUUUUAAAAAUACCAUCAGCAAGAGUGACGUAACCCUGGCAGACGCCGUUGAAAAUAUCGAUAUCGGUGGAGUUACUCUUUUGCGUGCGGCUGCUAAAAAUCACGCCCGGGUCACUGUAAUCUGCGACCCCAAUGAUUACGAAAAGGUCAUCGCUGAAAUGCAGACUGACGUCAACAAAGAUACUACAUUAAAUACAAGACAAAUGCUGGCUUUGAAAGCGUUCACCCACACCUCAGAGUACGACGACGCAAUAUCUGAUUACUUCCGUAAGCAGUACAGCAACGGGAAAUCCCAGCUGACCCUGCGCUAUGGAAUGAACCCGCACCAGAAGCCAGCCCAGGUGUUCACCACCCUGGAGAAGCUGCCUCUUACAGUAGUAAACGGAUCUCCGGGAUUCAUCAACCUCUGCGACGCGUUGAACGCCUACCAACUAGUGAAGGAACUCAAGGAAGCUCUAGGCUUGCCCGCAGCAACUUCUUUCAAGCAUGUCAGCCCAGCAGGAGCUGCUGUGGGAGUUCCUCUCGACGCGGUCCAGGCAAAGUUGUGCCAGGUUGACGAUUUAGUUGACAAACUGACCCCUCUAGCCUUCGCUUACGCCAGAGCACGUGGCGCUGACCGCAUGUCCAGCUUCGGAGACUUCGUGGGUCUCUCAGAUCCCUGCGACGCCGCUACUGCGAGAAUAAUCUCUCGGGAAGUUUCAGAUGGUAUUAUUGCACCUGGCUACAGCCCCGAGGCCCUGGAGAUCCUCAAGAAGAAGAAAAACGGAGGCUACUGCGUCCUGGAAAUUGAUCCCGAGUACGUUCCAAGUGACAUUGAGCGCAAGAUGAUCUUCGGGCUGACUCUGGAGCAGUGCAGAAACAACGCGGUUAUUGACAAGAAUCUUUUUGCUAAUAUUGUAACUGAUAACAAGCUGUUGCAGGAUUCUGCGCUGAGGGACCUGAUUGUCGCGACCAUUGCGGUCAAGUACACUCAGAGUAACUCUGUUUGUUAUGCUAAAGACGGCCAGGUGAUUGGUAUUGGGGCUGGUCAGCAGUCCAGGAUUCACUGUACGAGAUUGGCUGGUGACAAGGCUGAUAACUGGUGGCUGAGACAGCACCCCAAGGUCAUGGGCAUGAAAUUCAAAAAAGGAGUCAAGCGCGCUGAAAUUUCUAAUGCUAUUGACAAUUAUGUUAAUGGGUCAGUGGGAAAGGACAUGGAUGAGGCUACCUGGGCUGCUAUGUUCGAGGUUGUACCUGAGAAACUUACGGAGGAAGAUAAGAAACAGUGGAUCUGUAAAAUGGAAAAUGUUGCUGUCAGCAGUGAUGCUUUCUUUCCAUUUAGGGAUAAUGUUGAUCGGGCCAGACUUAGUGGAGUUAAAUACAUUGCCAGCCCAGCUGGAUCAACAAAUGACCAAGUGGUUAUAGACGCUUGCAAUGAGCACAAAAUAGUGUUAUCACACACCAAUGUCCGAUUAUUCCACCAUUGA